GUAGCCGGGGGAAGGAGGGAUGUGGAGAGCGGGCAUGGCCGCCGGGGACGGGCUGGGCCCUGCGCUCCGCGCUGUCACCGAGCAACUGCAGCAAGCGGCAGCGCGGAGACCUCCGGGGCUGCCAGCAGUGCAGCCACGGUUGGUGGCAGUCAGCAAGACCAAGCCAGCAGAGAUGGUGCUGGAUGCUUACAGCCACGGGCAACGCAGCUUUGGGGAGAAUUAUGUUCAAGAGCUGCUGGAAAAGGCAUCAGACUCCAGAAUUCUCUCCUCUUGCCCUGAGAUUAAGUGGCAUUUUAUUGGCCAUCUGCAGAAAAACAAUGUCAACAAGUUGAUUGCUGUCCCCAACCUUUUCAUGUUGGAAACAGUGGAUUCUGUGAAACUGGCUGACAGAGUCAACAGCUCCUGGCAGAAAAAAGGCUCCUCCCAGAGGCUGAAGGUCAUGGUGCAAGUGAACACGAGUGGAGAAGACAGUAAACAUGGCCUUGCUCCUGGAGACACCACAGCUGCUGUGGAACAUGUCAUCACCAAGUGUCCCAGCCUGGAGUUUGUGGGGCUGAUGACAAUUGGCAGCAUUGGGCACGACCUCAGUAAGGGCCCAAAUCCUGAUUUCCAGCUGCUGCUCUCCCUGAGGCAGGAGGUGUGUGAAAAGCUGAAUCUCCCCCUGGAAAAGGUGGAGCUGAGCAUGGGAAUGUCCACAGACUUCCAGCAUGCAGUAGAGGUUGGAUCCACCAACGUCAGGAUUGGAAGCACUAUUUUUGGAGAGAGAGAUUAUUCCAACAAAGCAGUUGGUGGCAAGGCCCCUGCUGAAGCAAAAGACAAAACAGAGACCAUGGCAGCUCAGGGUCAUUAAAUAGGGGGGGAAAAAAUAAAAUUAAAAACAAAAAAAAGGGGUCUCUGCAGAGGACAAAAUGAUGGGGAGACCUCACUGUGCAUUCUGCCCUUCCUGAUGCCAGGGAGAGGGAAUUCCUGGUGACAGAAGAGAGGCCAGAAAUGCCUCCUGAUUCCUUGGGAUUCCCUUAGACACUGGAAAAUCUUAUAGCCAGCAAAUGAUAGGAAAACUUUUGCUCAAAAAAAGAAAAAAUCUUGGCUCCUUCAGGGACUUUUGGGUCAGGGGGUUGAGCAUUUGUCAGGAAGGAGUCACUGCAGCAGUGUGAGUGGGGUUUUUUUUUGGUUUCUGAGGGCUCAAAUCUUCAUUACACAAAUGAUUAUAAUCCUGCCAGAGACCUAGAAAUGUCCCCCCUAAAUUAAAAGCUUUGCACAUGGUCCCUGCUGAGGGUUCUGACCUAGGAACUGGGACCCCAAGAAACUGUGUCCAUGUCCUGAGAGGAUGAGGGAGGAGCAGAGGAGGAGGGAUGAGGAGCAGGAAUUCCUGGGGAAGUUUUUUGGAUGCAGUUGGCAAGUGUGGGAGUGUCUUUUUUAGCUCAAGUUCCUCUUUGUUCUUUUCAGGCUGACAAUUUCUAACUUCUCCCCUUGGUUCUGUGUCUCUGGGAUGCUUUCAACCUUCCCUUCCCCUCUUGUGAAGUCUUGGGAGUUGUGUUCAUCUUGCCCAGGAGUUCUUAAUGCCAUAAAUUCUUUUUUUGGGGGGGAUUUUCUGUGAGGUUCUUGCCCCACUGGUGGCUGCCUCCACUCUCCCACCUCCAUCAGGAGGAGGUUGUUGUUGCUGGCUUGUCCCACAGGACACCAGUGGGGUUUGCUGGAGGCUCUGAGUGAAAAAAAAAAACCCUUCAAAACCUCCAAAACCCUUCAAACCCAAACCCAAAAACCCUUCAAAAAGUAAAGUAUUUUUCCUCCUCUGUGUCCUGGGUUCCCUCUUUUCCCUGGCAGAGCUUCUGGGCUGUGUCUUCAUGUCUUAAACACUGCUCUGCCCUCUCCUGGAAGAGAAACUCCUUCACUGCACUGACUGUUCCUCCAGGUGUCCAACAAACCUCCUGCCUCCUGUCACCUGCUCUUUGGCCAGUGGUAGCUACACCCAAAUCCCUUUUGUCAACCUGUUGGGUUUUUGUCACCUGGUAAGAGGAGAACACAUUGGCUGCCAGCAGAAACCUCCUGCCCAGGCUUUUUUCUCUCUCUCUGUCUCUGUGUGUGUGGUCAAAUCCAGCUCUUGGUUUUACUCUGACUUCAAAAUGCUGAAUGUAAAUGCAAGAAGUGUCACCUCUGGCAUCACCCUGUUGUCCCUGCCUGGUGUGGAAGCAGCAUGCAGCCCUCCUCAGCACUGCUCUGUGUCUCGUGGUCUCUUAAUUAAAAAAAAA